CGUGCGCAGCCCAGGGAGAGCCAGGAGACGUAUCCAAAUGAGGCGGCGCCAUGAAAUACUGGGGAAGACACGAUGGCCCUGGCCAUGAGAUCGACCCCCCGCCUUGUCGGGGGCGAAAGCCUGGCAUUCGCGGCCUGCGGCGUGCGGCGCCGGGAGCAGCGGAGGCGGCGCCGGCGCCCCCACGGCGCUGCGCCCGCUCGGGGCGCCUCCAAGAAGGCCGCCACAGCCGCACCCGCGCGCGAGCCGUGCUCGGGCACCGCCGCCCCGCACGAUCGGCGCGGCAGGCAGCGAGUGCGGAACGCCGCAUCGCCGCGCUGGCCCCGAGCUGGCCCAGCAUGCAGGUGGCCCUGUCUCGCGAAGGCGCUCCGCGUGCGAGGAUCGGUCGAAUGGUACUGAACGUGAGAUACUUCUCAACUGCCGCCGCCGCGGCGCUCCACUCUCUGAACGCGCCGCAAGCCGCCCUGCUACACGUUCUUUGGCGUCGCCCGCGAGGCUGCGGCCCGCUCCUCGCAGGGCCACGGCUCCACCGGCGGGGUUCGGCCAUGGCCUCACUCCU